CUGUGUGCAGUGGGUAUAAAACUGGCCAGCAGAACAGUCCAGAGAUCAGUUCAGAACAAGAGUUCAUUCAGAGCGCAAACAAAACCAAACACCAAAACCAGCAACAUGAAAUUCGCCGUCGCCGCUGUCUUCACUUUGGCCCUUGCCCUGGGCGUUCAGUCGUCGGUGAUUCCGCUGGUCUCCCAGCUGGCCGGACAUGGACUCUCCUACACCGCUGUCUCUGGACCUGCAGUGCUUGCCUCUCCCUGGGCUCAUGCUGCUGCUCCCUGGGCCGCUGGUCCCUGGGGUCAUCCCGCUGCCGCUUGGCCCGCAGCCGUGUCCGUUGGCUCCUGGCCACCAGCAGCUGUCCAUGCCCCCGCUGUAGUGGCCGCUGCGCAUGCGCCCGCCGUUGUCGUUGGCCCUGUGGCCCAUGAGGGUGUGUACACUGCCCAGACCCGUGGUGCCGUCCACACCGCUCCCCUGGCAGGACACAUCCAGUCGGUGGCCUCCAUCAAUGCUGCCCCCGCACCCGGAACUCUGUAAGUGAGAGAAUCUCUUGUUAGAUGCCCAAAUCUACCGAUCGGACCGCCCCCGCCAUGCCAUGGAACUGCCUUUGAUGGGUUCUCCCCCAAAAGGGGGAAUCCUCAAACUGAACCACAAUUUAAUGUUGUACAUAAAUGUAUAUAGAUCUAUAUAUAGACAGGGUACACCACUCGCACCUAGCACUGGAACUUCCAACCAACCCCCAACAACCAUAACUAGCCAUCAAAAUUCCCUUUCAAACCAAGCACCGUCUUGGCUCUCUCUCUCUCUAGCGCUCUCUUUAUUUAUUUCGAAUACAUUUGCCAAGCAUUCCUGUGAAAUUUAA